AUGAGUGGACAUUCUGUAUUUCACCAAUAUGAAGGUCUUUCUAGAGGGCUCUUAAGUCCAGUUAAUUAUGUCAGAUGUCAACAAAUCAAUCAACACCUAGUCAAUAGACUAGGUUUAGAAACUAGCCUUCAGGGUCAUCAUGGUUGUGUUAACUGCUUAGAAUGGAACGAGCGUGGUUCCUAUCUUGCUAGUGGUUCAGAUGAUCGGCGUCUAAUUAUCUGGGAUCCAUUUGAACGUAAAUCUCUUUUAACAAUGAACACUGGUCAUAUGGCGAAUAUAUUUUCUGUUAAGUUCUUAUCUAGUCUAAAUGAGAAUCUGAUUGUAACGGGUGCAGCUGAUAACAAAAUUCGUGUACAUGACAUUAAAGCACUAGAAACUCGGCAUGUAUUUUCUUGUCAUUCAGGUCGCGUUAAACGAUUGGCGAAUACUCCGUCCGAACCAUUCUUAUUUUGGUCAGCCUCAGAAGAUGGGACCUGUAGACAGUUUGACCUACGAGAUCCUGAUCAGACUUCUGUAAAUAAACCAUGUAAUGUAUUAGUCAAUUUACGGUUUCAAGAUAACGUUUUUGCCGAAGCUAAGUGUAUUGCAGUAAAUCCAUUAAAGUCUGAAUUGGUUGCUAUCGGUGGGAAUGAACCAUUUGUACGAAUGUUUGAUCGGCGUAAAUUAACACUUUCUACGUAUGAUAGUGUUACACCACAGGAGAGAAUACAAGCUGCAUCAAGGAGAACCCCUAUAAACAUUCCAUCAAGCUCGCUGCCUUCAUUUCCCUAUGGUGCAGCUAAAUAUUUUGUUCCAUCUCAUCUACCUGGUAAAAUAUUAACUGAUGGUUUAGACAAUCAAACUUUCAGUGUAACAUCAGUCAGUUUUAGUUCAGAUGGUGAAGAACUACUAGCUAAUGUUGGACGUGAUAAUAUUUAUCUAUUUCAUUUAGCUUCACAAAAUGAACCAUUUCAAUGUCAAUCAUCGUUUAAAUCAACUAAAUUAUUGUAUAGUUUAUCUGCAACGCAACCAAGGGAUAGGUUUCGUUCUUUUCGUAUUCCUACCUGGUUUCGUCCUUCAAAUAUGGGAUAUUAUGAUUCUUAUUCGGGUUCAACUUAUGAUUACCGUUGUAAUUCUUCUAUGGCUUCUGAUUACUCAGUCGUACUGGCUUCACGAUUAAUUGAAGCCAAGGCGUAUGCUGUUGCAGUUCAUAAGUAUAAUCAACUUAUUCAACAGUAUCCUUUCUGUCCUCAACUGUAUACAGGUCGCGCUACUGCUUUAAUUAAAAGAAAUUGGAAUGGCGAUAUUUAUAAUGCGCUAUUGGAUUGCCGAAAUGCUAUCCAACUGACUACUCAAAGCAACAAUGAUCCUGUCAGCAUCCAAAAUAACUAUACCAUUAAUAAACAUCAAUUGUUAAGCAGUUCCGUUUACCUUACAGCUCUAUUACUUUCAGUUCGAUGUUUAUUAUGUUUGGAUUGGUUAAAUGCUGCUCUACAUGAUAAUAAUGAUAACAAUGAUACCAAUGAUGAUAAUGAUGAUGACGACAAUGAUGCCAAAGGAUCUACAAUACCAAGACCAGAAACUUUAUCUUUCUUGAAAUGCGAUAACAUAUGUGAACAAAUAUCCUCAGAAUCUUGGAAUCGUCCCAGUCUUGACAAUCAAAUAAAUCCAAGACUAUGUGCUUGUUUAAAUUGCUCAUGUAAUCGAAUGUGGAUAGAAGAGGAUGAAAGAGAAAGGCGAAAAAAUGCCAUCGACUUUUCAGCAUCUUAUAUUGGUCAUUGCAAUUCAAUAACAGAUAUUAAAGAAGCAAAUUUCUUUGGGAGCUAUGGGCAAUAUAUUGUCGGUGGGUCUGAUUGUGGUGCAUUUUUUAUAUGGGAUCGUAAUACAACUAAUAUAAUGCGUAUAUUGAAGGCUGACAGUUCUACUGUGAACUGUGUUCAACCUCAUCCGUCUAUUUGUUUGUUGGCAAGUUCCGGAAUUGACUCUGUUGUAAGACUAUGGUCACCGAAUUGUGAAGAAGACCCUGAUCAAUCACGAGUUGUUAGAGAUCAAGUUGGAGCAGCUGAACGGAAUCAACAACGUUCUAACGCUGAUCCUCUGGAAAUAAUGUUGUUAAAUAUGGGUUAUAAUUUUCGUGGUCUUGAUUUUGAUUCUAAUAGAGCUAGGAGAUCGAGAAAUCGCGAUUGUACUGAUGAACGGAAUAACGAAGAAGAGAAUGAAUCUAGUGAUGAUGACGAUGAUGAUCAUAAUAAUAACCACGACAACAUCAAUUUCGAAAGAGAUUCUUAUUCUGCACUGCAACCUUCUGGAAACGAAACCCAUACUAAUGCCAAUCAUCCUGCUGGAAGUCUUGACGACACAUUGCACAGUGAAUCUUUUCUGAAUAACGUAAAUUUAGUGAAUGAAAGCAUUGAAGGAGUUGGUCAAACUGAUAGUCAAAAACGUACUGGGAAUGAAUCCAUUGAUUUAUCUUGUCAGUUAGGUUGUUCUCAAGCACCUAAGCAAAAACGAACAAAAAUAGGAAGUUUAACUGAUGAAGAAACCUCUUUUCAACCAUCUGUCGCUGCUAUCAUAUUCAAUAGUGAUUUGAGUUCUGAUGAUGAUGAUGAGCCUAAUGCUACUUCAGUAGAUAAGAAUACACAAUGUCGACGUAAUCGUUCACGUCGAAUACAGUCUAGUCAUAGUCGACAUAUAAGACAUAUUCGUACACGAAGAAUACCAAUUAGUGCCACUUUUUCUGAUUCCGACGUUGUAACUACUCCAUGGUUAAUUGAUUUUUUCCCUAUUGAAGUUCAUUCAGUCAAUUCACAGUCAACAUUAAAUGAAACAUUAAGUGAGCGAGAAGAGCCAGGACAAGAGGAACGAAGAAAUACUUAUCGAGAGGAUGAUGAUAGAGACGAUGAUAACGGUAUAUCAGAAGUCUCUUGCACUGUCAGUUGA